AUGUCAAAGCAGACACACAGCAAUAACAGCAACAGCAGGACCAUUGGAUCUGAGGGCGAGACGGCACCUACACGAGAGAUCAGCCCCAACAACAACCACGGCUUCCCCAACAGCAACCACAUCAGCGGCAACAACAACAACCACGGCUUCCCCAACAGCAACCACAGCUGCGGCAACAAGUACUAUAGGGGCAACAACAAUAACAACGACUUUCCCAACAACAACCACAUCAGCGGCAACAACUACUACAGAGGCAACAACAACAACCACGGCUUCCCCAACAGCAACCACAGCUGCGGCAACAAGUACUUUGGUGGCAACAACAAUAACAACGACUUUCCCAACAACAACCACAUCAGCGGCAACAACUACUACAGAGGCAACAACAACAACCACGGCUUCCCCAACAGCAACCACAGCUGCGGCAACAAGUACUAUAGGGGCAACAACAAUAACAACGACUUUCCCAUCAACAACCACAUCAGCGGCAACAACAACAACCACGGCUUCCCCAACAGCAACCACAUCAGCGGCAACAACAACAACCACGGCUUCCCCAACAACAACCACAUCAGCGGCAGCAACUACUGUAGGGGCAACAACAACAACCACGGCUUCCCCAACAACAACAAGAGCAACCACUGCUCGAACAACUACCAGAGCUGCCCCAACAACAAGAACAUCAGCACCAACAACUACUACAAGGACAACAACAACAACCACAGCUUCCCCAACAACAACAAGAGCAACAACUGCUCGAACAACAACCACACCUGCCCCAACAACAACCACAGCUGCUUCAGCAAUAACCAAAUCUUCCAGCAACGCACAGAUGACCACGGCUUCCCCAGCAACAACAACCACAUCAGCGGCAACAACUACUAUAGGGGCAACAACAACAACCAUGGCUUUCCCAGCAACAACAACCACAUCAGCGGCAACAGCAACCACAGCUUCCCCAACAGCAACCACAGCUGCGGCAACAACUACUAUAGAGGCAACAACAACAACCACGGCUUCCCCAACAGCAACCACAGCUGCAGCAACAACUACUAUAGGGGCAACAAGAACAACCACGGUUUUCCCAGCAACAACAACCACAUCAGCGGCAACAGCAACCACGGCUUCCCCAACAGCAACCACAGCUGUGGCAACAAGUACUAUAGGGGCAACAACAAUAACCGCGACUUUCCCUACAACAACCACAUCAGCGGCAACAACUACUACAGAGGCAACAACAACAACUAUGGCUUUCCCAACAACAACCACGGGUUUCCCAACAACAACCACAUCAGCGCUUCAGGCAAGGCCCAGACAACCGAGGCUACCCCAACAGCAACCACUGAAGCGUCAACAACAACAACCUCUGCUGCGGAAGCAUCAGCAACCACUGAGGCAGCAACAACAACCACGGCUUCCCCAACAACAACCACUGAAGCGUCAACAACAACAACCACUGCUGCGGAAGCAUCAGCAACCACUGAGGCAGCAACAACAACAACCUCUGCUGCGGAAGCAUCAGCAACCACUGAGGCAGCAACAACAACAACCACUGCUGCGGAAGCAUCAGCAACCACUGAGGCAGCAACAACAACAACCUCUGCUGCGGAAGCAUCAGCAACCACUGAGGCAGCAACAACAACAACCACUGCUGCGGAAGCAUCAACAACCACUGAGGCAGCAACAACAACAACCACUGCUGCGGAAGCAUCAACAACCACUGAGGCAGCAACAACAACAACCUCUGCUGCGGAAGCAUCAACAACCACUGAGGCAGCAACAACAACUACUGAAGCGGCAACAACCACAACCACGGCUACCCCAACAACAACCACUGAAGCGGUAACAACAACAACUACUGAAGCGGCAACAACCACAACCACGGCUACCCCAACAACAACCACUGAGGCAGCAACCACAACCACGGCUACCCCAACAACAACCACUGAAGCGUCAACAACAACAACCACUGAGGCGGCAACAACAACAACCACGGCUUCCCCAACAACAACCACUGAAGCGGCAACAACAACAACUACUGAAGCGGCAACAACCACAACCACGGCUACCCCAACAACAACCACUGAGGCGGCAACAACAACAGCUACUGAAGCGGUAACAACCACAACCACGGCUACCCCAACAACAACUACUGAAGCGGCAACAACAACAACCACACCUGCAUCAACAAUGACAACCACACCUGCUCCAACAACAACCACGGCAGCCCCAACAACAACUACUGAAGCGGCAACAACAACAACCACACCUGCUCCAACAACAACCACGGCAGCCCCAACAUUCACAGCUGCCUCAACAGCAACCACAGCUGGUUCAACAGCAAUUACCAACUUCUGUUGCCCGAACAACUAUCAAAACUACCCCAGCGGAAACCACACCUGCUCCAACAACCACAACUGUCCCAACAACAAUUAUGUCAACCUCAUCAACCACGGCAGCCCCAACAACAACCACACCUGCUCCCACAACUGUCCCAACAACAAUUAUGUCAACCUCAUCAACCACGGCUUCCCCAACAACAACCACUGCUGCGGAACAACUUCUGUUGCCCGAACAACUAUCAAAACUACCCCAGCGGAAACCACACCUGCUCCAACAACCACAACUGUCCCAACAACAAUUAUGUCAACCUCAUCAACCACGGCAGCCCCAACAACAACCACACCUGCUCCCACAACUGUCCCAACAACAAUUAUGUCAACCUCAUCAACCACGGCUUCCCCAACAACAACCACUGCUGCGGAAGCAUCAACAACCACUGAGGCAGCAACAACAACCACGGCUUCCCCAACAACAACCACUGAAGCGUCAACAACAACAACCACUGCUGCGGAAGCAUCAACAACCACUGAGGCGGCAACAACAACAACAACCACGGCUUCCCCAACAACAACCACUGAAGCGGCAACAACCACAACCACGGCUACCCCAACAACAACCACUGAGGCGGCAACAACAACAGCUACUGAAGCGGUAACAACCACAACCACGGCUACCCCAACAACAACUACUGAAGCGGCAACAACAACAACCACACCUGCAUCAACAAUGACAACCAUACCUGCUCCAACAACAACCACGGCAGCCCCAACAUUCACAGCUGCCUCAACAGCAACCACAGCUGGUUCAACAGCAAUUACCAACUUCUGUUGCCCGAACAACUAUCAAAACUACCCCAGCGGAAACCACACCUGCUCCAACAACCACAACUGUCCCAACAACAAUUAUGUCAACCUCAUCAACCACGGCAGCCCCAACAACAACCACACCUGCUCCCACAACUGUCCCAACAACAAUUACGUCAGCCUCAUCAACCACGGCAGCCCCAACAACAACCACACCUGCAUCAACAAUGACAACCACACCUGCUCCAACAGCUGCUUCGGCAACAACCACAGCUGCUUCAGCAACAACCAAAUCAACUUCUGUUGCCCGAACAACUACCACAACUGUCCCAACAAGAAUUACGUCAGCCCCGUCAACCACGGCUGCCACAACAACACCCACACCUUCAUCAACAAUGACAACCACACCACCUGCUCCAACAACAACCACGGCAGCUCCAACAUCCACAGCUCCUCCAUCAACUACCACAGCUGCCUCAACAACAACCACACCUACCCCAACCACAAGAACAGCUCCUCCAACAACUUCUGUUUCACCACCAAGUACCACAGCUGCUCCAACAAUAAUCAUAGCCGACCCAACGACCAUUGCUCCAACAACAAACAUAUGCAGAGGUUCUCGUUGGGGUGA